UUCCAUCGUGCAGUUCGACAAUAUGUUUAAUUUUUCCUUCCAAUGAUUCCUUAUCCUACUACUCCUUCGCCCCAUUCCCUUCGAGGAACGCUUGUCUACUUGACUGACAUCUCUUCCCCGUUAUAUCUAACUCUGGUCUAGAGAUAUGGUGAUGCUCCAAUCACCCCGCUCAAGGGGUUUCGUCUCGAGCACUUUCCGCCUCCUACCAGCUAUCAUCCAGUGUAGAAUAGACCCUGGAUCAAGGAAACCGUCGAGGGCGGUCGGGAAAACCUCUUAUUUGGAUGGUAUCCGUGGCCUCGCUGCACUGGGCGUGGUGGUGUUGCAUAUGGUACUGGGGUUCUUUCCGAACAGCUCAUAUGCCUACAAUGGGUCCGAGGGCCGCGAUUCCAUCUUCCAAUUGCCCUUUUUCCGUCUUCUCUACACCGGGCAACCGACCAUCUUUUUCUUUAUCUCGGGUUACGUCCUUUCUCUCGGCACCAUCAAAAAAUGCCGUAGCCAAUCCUGGGGCUCCUUGCAGCUGGACCUGAGCUCCAAGAUCUUUCGGCGUCUGUUCCGGCUAUAUAUCCCCUCCAUCAUCGCCACGUUUAUUCCCAUGUUCUUGGUGAGCUUCAAUCUUUUCCCCGCAGUCGCCAAGUUCGAAGAUGGCAACAUGCCACACCGCACCUUCGACAUGGCCCCGCAGGAAUCGACCUUUAUACGCCAGCUCUGGCUCUGGUGCAAGACCGUCCCUCCCCUCUUCUGGCCCUUUGAUUGGGAAAACUUCAGCCAAAACUCGCCAUACGCCUACCAGCUCUGGACCAUCCCGGUAGAAUUCCGCUGCUCGAUGGUCCUCUUCCUCGUUCACGCCGCUUUCGCAAGAUGUUCCACCAAGACACGCCUAAUCUUCAACGGCCUCCUCUCCCUCUACUUCCUCACCUUCGAGAAAUGGGAUGUCUUCCUCUUCCUCGCCGGCUCCUUCAUUGCCGAGCUAGACAUCAUCAAAGAUGACGCCGCCGAGGGCCAGCUUCCCAAGCACGAAACCGCAGAUACAAAAUUCAGAUCCGUCGCCCACUUCACCCCGCCGGCAUGGUUCAUGGUCGCCAGCAUGAUCCUGGGCCUGUGGAUCCUAAGCGUCCCCGCUUCAGAUAUCUGGAAUGCGUGGUCAUUCGCCGUGCUCGAAUGGUACGCACCGCGCACGUACACGGCGUAUUUCCGCUUCUGGGACUCCGUCGGCACCGUCAUCCUCAUCUGGGCCAUCACGGGCCUCCCAUCCGUCCAGCGGUUCUUCACUCGCCCCAUCUUCCUCUACCUCGGAAACCUCUCAUUCUCGCUCUACCUGACGCACACCAUCGUGCUGAAAUUCCUCCUAUACCCGCUCAUGCCGUGGCUGUAUGCGAUUUUCGGAUAUCAGACGACGUUCCAGUACGGCUUGACGUUUGCGAUUGGUGGGUCGGCAACGGUGGUUCUCUCUCUCUGGGUUGCGGAGGUGUUUCAGCGGCAUGUGGAGGAGCCAUCUGCUGCGUUUACGAAAUGGCUGGAUGUCCAAUGUUCGUCGACGUGAGGGAGAUUCCCCCCGUUUCCUCUCCUUUUGCCAUGACUCACUGGAUGAGUUUUUCUCCAUCGCCAUCGAUAUAAUCUACUCAAUCUUGUAUUCUCUCCCCUUU